UUGUAGCGAAUUUAUUUACAAAAGUAAUUGCCAACCAUAAAUGUUAAUUUAGUUUAUAUAUAUUAUACUUAUCUUCGCAUGAUCAAUAGUUUUAAAUAUAUAUUAAUAGUUAAGAGCAGCAGUUUUGAGUUUGUGAGAUUCUGCAAUGCAGAAAGGCGAUGAAAUAAGUGCUAACAACCCUCCGGCGCUUGGAGUUGGCGACGUUGCCAAAACAAUAAAACCUUCAGACUUGCCGAGUCUCAUUUUUGCGACUGCACCGCAACCCAAAAAUAUUAGUUGCGACAACACGCUCUGGAACAAUUAAAACAAAGCGCAGUCGACAGUGUAUGAUAGAAUAGCACACGACGGUGUGGGUUAAAAAAAAAGCGAAACUACGGCGUUGGCCAGCCAGCGAUGCCCAGAACGGAAGCAUCAUCAUUACAAGCCUAAACACCAUCAACUGCAUCGACAUCAGUAUCAACGGUAAGACCCUCAGUGGUACUCUGACCCAUCUUAUGGAAGAGCAUCAUACACGGGUGGGAGCGGUAGUCGGAACAGGAGCAGCGACCAGGACUACGGACGGACUAUUAUCGGAUGGAGCGGAACGAUUGCGACGUCAGGGCAGUCGUCUUCAGACCUCGCGAUUUGCUUGGUUUCGCUGCUGCGGAAACUUUCUCACCUAUCUUGUCAGGCUACGUAGUACGCCCGAGGAAAUGGAACAACGCUAUAAGUCCAAAGAGAUUGACAAAUACCUGGAAAGGGAUAGGCAUACGUUUCGACGACAGGUGAAACUGCUGCUCCUAGGUGCUGGGGAAUCUGGCAAGUCUACUUUCCUUAAACAAAUGCGUAUCAUUCAUGGUGUUAAUUUCGAGUACGAACUGCUCCGCGAAUACCAAAAUGUGAUAUACCAAAAUGUUAUUAGAGGUAUGCAAGUCUUGUUGGACGCUCGCGAAAAGUUGGACAUCUCGUGGGGAAGCGACGGACGAGAACAGGAUGCCAGCGAUGCCAAAUUAAUGGAAUGCAAUGCAAUUGAAUCCGUUAGGUUUAUUGAAUAUGCACCACAAAUACGCCGCCUGUGGCAGGAUCGCGGCAUUAGAAGAGCUUUUGAAAGAAGACGUGAAUUUCAAAUUAGCGAUUCUGUAAGCUAUUUUCUGGACGAAAUUGAGCGGCUAGCUAAACCUGAUUAUGUCCCAACACAUAAGGAUAUUUUGCAUUGCAGGAAGGCAACGAAAGGGGUAUAUGAGUUUUGUGUUAAAGUCCAGAACAUUCCAUUUGUAUUCGUCGAUGUGGGUGGUCAGCGAACUCAGCGUCAAAAAUGGACUAGAUGUUUUGAUAGCUCCGUGACGUCAAUUAUAUUUCUUGUAUCUAGUUCGGAGUUCGAUCAAGUGCUUGCGGAAGACAGGAAAACCAAUCGUCUGGAAGAAUCAAAGAAUAUAUUUGAUACCAUUGUCAACAAUAAUACGUUCAAAGGAAUAUCAAUUAUUUUAUUUCUGAACAAAACUGACUUGCUCGAACAGAAAGUUUGCAAUCCUGAGACUGACAUUCGCUGGUACUAUCCGCAAUUUAAUGGCAAUCCACACUCAGUUUUAGAUGUCCAGAACUUCAUACUCCAAAUGUUUAUGAUCGUUCGUCGCCGUAACAGCACCAGUAGGAUCUACCACCAUUUUACAACUGCCAUUGAUACGCGAAACAUUAAUGUAGUGUUUAAUUCGGUAAAGGAUACAAUUCUGCAGCGUAAUUUAAAUGCUCUAAUGCUGCAGUAGCAUUCUACCGCUAGCUCUGACAACCUUUAUAGAUUAUGAUUUUUGGCUUUAUAUAAAUCCAUUUAAAAAGUGAAAGUGCCUCAAAUAAAAAUUUCACAAUCCUGAGACUGGUACUAUCCACAGCUUCCUGGCAAUCCACUCUUAGUUUUUGAAGGCAAAAACUUCGCACUGCAAAUGUUUGACCACGAUCGUCGCAGUAGAAGUACGAGAUGGAUAUAACAUUAGCUUUUAAUGCCAUAUAUACGGUCAUCAUUUAUAUAGUUUUUUAUUCGGUAAACGCUAAAUCCUAGCAGUUCUGAUCCUGAAUUCGUAUUCUCUUAACGUGUAAUAUAUGCUUUCUCUUAUAUACAUACCUACAAAAGAAAAAAUAGUGCCAGAUGCCAGGAGCCUUUAUUUUUAAUAAAAGGCCCAGUUGUUGUUAACUUUUUAAAUUGGUUUGACUAUUUAGUAACUUUGUAUUAAAUAAAAUUGUUACUUUUAAAAUUUAAAUUGAGUAUGAUAAUAGUAAUCUAACUGUACAUAUAUAAAUUAAGCUUCCGGAUUCUGUACGCAAACAGACUUAACGCCAUAUGCAUAUAUAAACUAACCCAAAAAUAAAGAAGGGUUUUCAAACCUGUUCACAAAUAUAA